CAGUUCCCGGGUUGCUUUCCGGCUGAUAACUUUAGCCGUGGUGUGUACUACAGUAGUGUGGCGGUAGCCUCCUACAACGCGCAGCGAUGAGACAGAAGAGGAAAGGUGCAAAAAAAAAAGCGGGACGAGGGGCAAGGGAGGCGGUGGAUGUCCCGCGAGAACAGGCUGAAUCUCCCGUUCCCACGGGAUUCUGCUCCCUUGUCCGGAACGCUUCGACUUGGGGAGAUCUCAGCCCUGCAGAGCUGAUGAUGCUGACCAUAGGAGACGUUAUCAAGCAGCUGAUUGAGGCCCAUGAACAGGGGAAAGACAUCGAUCUAAAUAAGGUCAAAACCAAGACAGCUGCCAAGUACGGCCUUUCUUCCCAGCCCCGCCUGGUGGAUAUCAUCGCUGCAGUCCCUUCUCGCUAUCGGAAGGUCUUGGUUCCCAAGUUAAAGGCAAAACCCGUCAGGACUGCCAGUGGGAUUGCUGUUGUGGCUGUGAUGUGCAAACCCCACAGAUGUCCACACAUCAGCUUCACAGGGAAUAUAUGUGUAUACUGCCCUGGAGGACCUGACUCAGAUUUUGAGUACUCCACCCAGUCUUACACGGGCUAUGAGCCAACUUCCAUGCGAGCUAUCCGUGCUAGAUAUGACCCUUAUCUGCAGACGAGACACCGGAUAGAGCAGUUAAAGCAGAUUGGUCACACUGUGGAUAAGGUGGAGUUCAUCGUGAUGGGUGGAACGUUCAUGGCCCUUCCGGAAGAAUACAGAGAUUUUUUUAUCCGAAAUUUGCAUGAUGCUUUAUCAGGCCACACUUCAAACAAUAUUUACGAGGCAAUCAAGCAUUCUGAGAGGAGCUUCACAAAGUGCGUUGGAAUUACGAUUGAGACCAGACCGGAUUAUUGCAUGAAGCGGCACCUAAGCGACAUGUUGACUUACGGCUGCACGAGGCUGGAGAUUGGGGUGCAGAGUGUCUAUGAAGACGUGGCCAGGGAUACCAACAGGGGCCACACUGUGAAGGCGACAUGUGAAUCAUUCCACCUGGCCAAAGACUGUGGUUUCAAAGUGGUGGCACACAUGAUGCCUGACCUGCCGAACGUGGGGCUGGAAAGAGACAUCGAGCAGUUCAUAGAAUUUUUUGAGAACCCUGCUUUUCGUCCUGAUGGUUUGAAGCUAUACCCUACCCUGGUGAUCCGUGGAACCGGGCUGUAUGAGCUGUGGAAGUCAGGAAGAUACAGGAGCUAUUCUCCCAGUGACCUGGUCGAGCUGGUGGCUCGGAUCCUCGCCCUCGUGCCCCCAUGGACGCGUGUGUACCGAGUGCAGAGAGACAUUCCGAUGCCCCUCGUCAGCUCAGGAGUAGAGCAUGGCAACCUGCGAGAGCUGGCAUUUGCAAGAAUGAAAGACCUCGGAAUACAGUGCCGAGAUGUGAGAACCAGGGAGGUUGGAAUCCAAGAAAUUCAUCACAAAGUGCGGCCAUACCAGGUUGAGUUGGUCCGGAGAGAUUAUGUUGCCAAUGGAGGCUGGGAAACCUUCCUGUCCUACGAAGAUCCUGACCAGGAUAUUCUGAUUGGCCUGCUGAGGCUGCGGAAGUGCUCUGAGGAAACCUUCCGAUUUGAACUGGGCGGAGGCGUUUCCAUAGUCCGGGAGCUCCAUGUGUACGGGAGUGUAGUCCCUGUCAGCAGCCGGGACCCCUCUAAAUUCCAGCAUCAGGGCUUCGGCAUGCUGCUGAUGGAAGAAGCGGAAAGAAUAGCUCUGGAAGAGCAUGGAUCUGGGAAAAUCGCCGUUAUAUCAGGGGUCGGCACCAGGAAUUACUACCGAAAGAUUGGCUACAGAUUACAAGGCCCCUACAUGGUCAAGAUGCUAAAAUAAUGACCACUCCAGUCUACCUUUGUGCAGCAUCCUCCCUGGCAGAAGACCAAAAGUAGGGUCUCUUGAGUCCCCAGUAGAGGCCAAGCAAGUAGACGACCUGCAUGUCCCUUCUCCCCACCCCUCCACCCCCGUGAAGUACUUUGUCCUCCCUCCAUGGCUGCUAGCUCCCCGCUCUAGCCUCCGCCGACAGGCCGGAGCCACCCUCUUUGUGUGCCCCUGGAGUCACUUGUGGUUUGGAGGCUUAAGUGAUUUUCUCAGUUUCUAAAUUCUGCAUGACGGCUGCAGGUGACCCAUUUGGGCUCAGCACUGUGACAAAAGCAAAUCAACUCCUUUAGCCAUCGUCACUUGUCAUUGUCAUCUGAGGGGCGGCCUUGGGAGAAGGUUAUUUAUAUACUCCAAAGAGGAAAGCCGGACUGCAGCACAGCAAAGCUGUCCACGUGACUCUGGCCUUUACCUCCGUGCACGUCCACCCUGGAAUUGAGAAAAGGAGAUUUGUACUGGAAGUCAUUUGGUGGCUGUGCCCAUGUCUUGAAAUGUGCUGUGUUAGGGGAAGAAGGGCUGAGGUUGCGGGGUGUAUUGAUAAGCUUGGUGCCAGCCAUCGCCAGCCAUCAUGUCGGGCCUGCCCACCUGGGCUAUCCCAGAAGCCUUUGUCACACCUGCAGGGCGGUGUGAGCAGCUUCCUCCAGUGUGCUGGGCUCACUCUGCACCAGCCAGUUCUUCUGUCCUGAGCAGACAGGGUCCAGUGUGCAUAGACAGAGCCCAUGGCCCUGAUCAAGACUAGUCCGUCCUCAGAAGUAUCUCUGCAUGCUAGUUCUGUAAGGUGGGUGUUGACGGUGCUGCGUGGAGACAGUGGAGAUUGGCUAGUGUGUAGAAGCAGGCCUGACUGACCUGCACAGAGCAAGUGGGCUUCCCAAGGCUCCUUCACCCAGCUAGGCCACCGAGGAGACCAGGCUCUGAGAGCCUGCCUCACCUGGGCAUCUGCCAUUUCCAACAGUGUGUAGUGAAAGUUGUUCUCUAAAAGGUCUGAAAAAUAAAGUCUUUAGCAUAAAGAGGA